AUGGAAACAGUUAUUAAAGCACUUGCUGAAAAUAAAAUCUCUGAUGUUAUUUCUUUUACACCAAAGAAAUUAUUAACAGUUAAAUACAAUGGUAAAGAAUUAAAUAUUAAUGAUACAUUAACACCAACAAUUGUCCAAAAUAAACCACAUGUAUCAUGGGAUGCCAAAAAUGAUGAAUUAUAUACUUUAAUUUUUGAUGACCCAGAUGCACCAACCAGAUCUGAUCCAAAAUUCGGUCAAUGGAAACAUUGGUUAGUAACCAACAUUAAAGGUAAUGAUAUUUCAACUGGUCAAGAAUUAGCUAAAUACAUUGGAUCAGGUCCACCACCAAAAACUGGUUUACACAGAUACAUUUUCAUCUUAUGUAAACAACCAGGUACUGAAAAUAUUGAAUUCAAAGGAGAACAUAUUUUACCACUUUCAGCUGAAUUAAGAAAUAAUUGGAAUGCUGAAACUUUCAUUAAAAAAUGGAAUUUAGAACCAGAAGCUAUCAACUUUUAUCAAGCUGAAUAUGAUGAUUAUGUUCCACAACUCUAUGCCAAAUUAGGUGAAACUCAAGAUAAACCAGUUGAAAUUAAAUAA